CAUUCGAUAGGCGCACACUCCCACGAGGAGACGGAUCACACUGCUGGGUUCACAUGUUCCACCGUUCUGUUGCUCGGAAACUUUUCAUUCCACCUCAAACUCCACUGAGGAUGGAGAAGUCACACAACUUCACAACGCACCAAGUUCUUCCCCUGCAGAGGGCUAAUGAUGCUUCCCAAACCGACAAAAGCAAUGGCAACGCAUACGUGUACAUUUUCAUAGUGAUCUCCUUCUAUGGAGUCUUCCUCGUUGGUAUAAUGCUGGGCUAUGUUCGCUCCAAAAGGCGGGAGAAGAGAAGAUCGAACGUUUUUACGCGCCUGGUGCACGAGGAGGAGCAGCGGGAAUGGGGCGCGCUGAAAAAGAAGCACAGCAUCACCAUGACCUCCUUCCAGGUAUCGCUUCCCUUCUCCGCGGGGAGCCAGGAUGUCAAUGAAGGAAGGGUCCUGAGCUCCCCUCUGGCCUGCGCCCUGUUCUCCAUUGAACAAACCAGUGUCAGUUCACUGUGCUCCUCCGCCGACGCGCGCUUUGCCAUCGAGGAGGAGUCGGACAGCGGGACCGCGGAGGGACCGGACGAGACCCUGAAGGGCAGUUCUACUGACAACAGCGACGACUCCGCAGAGAUACAGAUACUCGGAGAGGAACUGUGACGCUCAGAACAGAUGAUGAGAGGGGAAAUAAACGCAAAAAACUGUAGACUUUCCAUCCCUCUCCGUCAUAUAGGAAAUACGUGGAGAAGUUAAAGACUGAUAAAGUUUAGCUUGACAUAUGGAACAAUUGCUCUCUAACCAUCAGGUUCUGAGUAUUGAAACGUACCUGGAACCCACUUGAAAUAUAUUUUCUGUAACGAAAUCCUCUUAAGAUGUAGCCUAAUGAUUUCACUGUGCAGUGUUCAUAAUGUCUAUGUAGGUUUACUUGGGGUUGUUGUGUAAAGUGAAGAGAAGAAAAAAAACAGUUGAAAAACAAUGAUCUGUUUAAGAAAUAUGGUUCUUCUUUACUCUUCUUGGGAAAUACAUGUUUUUAUUUUGAAAAAACGUUGUUGCAAUAUCUAGUUUUCUCCAAAAGGGGGCAGUGCUGCAGUAGUUUUACCCCACCUGUUGCUGGGGAACACCAGUCAUUUCAGUAGAAUCAACACAACAUAGGGUUUACUGUCCUUGCAUUGUCUUAUUUGUUCUGAAGUGUUGACAUACUAAUUUAUAAAAUAAGAAGCUAUUUUUUCAGGCA